CAGAUCGGCAGCAUAAUAACGCUUUUACGGCAUUUUGUUCAAGCCUGUUAGUCUUAUGUUGAGUUUUUCUUUAAACUUUUACACUAAGUGCAACUAAAAUGCUCUCUUUUCGUCAAAUUGUGUGUUUCAUCAUAUCGCUGCUGUCGUUUAUUUCGGUGUUUUAUUCAGUUGGAAAAUUGGGCGUUUUUCUAGCCACACCUGUACAUCGAGAUUUCAAACAUGCUCUGCUAGAAAACUUACUAAGCGAUCGCUCACUGAUGAAAGCGACGCUUUUUUCACUGCUGUUUAAUUCCAUUUGGAUUAUAAUGUUCGUAAUCCAGCAUAGUUUUAUGAAAUUAGAAGCUGUGAAAAACGUCUGGCGCAAGCUGGGGCUGGAACUGGCCGAGCGCAGCAUCUAUAACAUAGCUUCCGCAUACUGUUUGUUGAUUUUGCUGAAGAACUGGAAAACGACGCAAUCCUACCAGCUUUGGUAUGUGGAUGUACAACAAAGCCCCACUCUCUGGUGGACAUUUGUGUCAGCCCACAUUGUAUCUUGGGUGGUAAUAUACGGAGGAAGCCUGUUGAUGGAUUUGCCAGAAAUGAUUGGCUUGAAACAAAUCUACUACGAUAUUAACGACCUGGCCCCACCUAUGAGUUACAAAUCGCGGGAGCUUCGUCACUUUUACGAGAGACUGCGGCAUCCUUCUUUCGUGGGUUUAUCAGUCGUUCUGUGGAUUACCAAUAGCAUGAGCUUGGACCGUCUUCUUUUGGCAAUUAUUUGGACAACCUAUAUGUACCUAUCCUGGAACACCAAUCGUGCCGAUUUAGAGUACCAGAAAUUUCAACUAUCUCGUAAGAAGAUUGAGCUAGCAGGCAUUGAUAAAUAGAGCAAAGAAGUGAUCUUUUAACUCAUGGGUAUACUGCCCAUGAUCGCAUAUCAGUACUACAAAGAUAGGAAAUUCCAUAGAAAACGGGACAACUAUGCGAUCAUGGGUAGUAUAGCGUUUUCGUUUUUAACUGCUGCUACACCGGUGUAGUUAAGAAAAGAGACUGAUUACAGAUAGCACCCAAGUGCCGACAUCGAUGUACUGCAAUGGCAAAAACGAAAUGUAUUGCAUCACAUAAAAGGAAAUGUCAUUUCAUUCGCUGGUUCUAAUUUAUUGCAUUUACUAUUACAAACUUUCCGUAUGUGCUGUGAAUACCAAAUAUGGUAUUCUUUUUGUAAUCCAGUAAUAUAAUACUAAAUAUAAAACAU